GCGAUUGGUUGCCACAGCCUUCAUUGAACGUCAAUCAAACUGACAGACCAAUCAGAAGCCGUGUUUGGGUCUUUGUUCCUCCCGUUUGCUGUGUGACGCGGAGGGUCAUGUGUUGUUUGUGCUCUCGCCCGUAGAGAUGUGUUAAGGAGGAGAAGGGAACGGAUUGCUAACCCGAGCUAGCCGGAUCCCUCCCGAUUAUAGAAAACACGGCAGUGCGUGGCCAUGCACACACGGCAGGAUUAAAUCCGUGAGAAAAAAGCACGCGUUGGAAUACAAAAAAAGGGACGAGAGGACUACUUUUCUGGCGGAAUAACAAAGCCGGUGUGGAUUUUGCAUUAAAAAAAUCUGAGCCAACUGGCCUAGCCAGACUCUGGGAGCUCGUCUCCCAAAAACAACAAGAAUGGGGUCUAGCUCCACUCCGAAUAGCUAGUAAAGAGUGACCUUUGAUUGCAGAAUGGCAAAUUUCACGAAUUACCAGGAGGGUAAAGCAGUGAUGUUGAUGGUGGAGGCGCACGGUACAAAUGGAGACGGAUCGGUCGGGGAACCCCCUUCCCAGUUAAUUAAUAUCGGAGGUGGUGCUGGUGGUGGUUCUCGCUUGCAUCAACAUCUACCGCCCUCCAACCACCACCAUCACUACCAGCUGGCCCCACAGCAGCAGCAUCUUUCCGGGGAAAACAUUGCAGAGUCUCCAGGCUGCAGGAAAGCCUCAUCUUCUUCCACCGCGGAGGAAUCUGCCGCUUCGCUCGCCGCUAGCGGCAGCCAUGUCUACGCGGCGGUGAGCGUCACUAACACCUCGGAUGUUGUGGAUGAUAUUCGCAAAUGUGGCUAUUUAAGGAAGCAGAAACAUGGACAUAAGAGGUUUUUUGUGCUCAGGGCUGCCAGUCACCUCGGUCCGAGCCGCUUGGAGUAUUAUGACAGCGAGAAGAAAUUCAGGAGCAGCCUGCGCUCUGCUGCCGCUGCUGCUGCCGCGUCUGCUGCAAGCGGUGGAGUGGUGGCCGCUUCUCCCCCGAAAAGGGUUAUUUACCUCUACCAGUGCUUCACGGUGAACAAAAGGGCGGAUUCCAAAAACAAACACCUCAUUGCGCUUUACACUAAGGAUGAAUAUUUUGCCAUUGUGGCGGAAAACGAGCUGGAGCAGGAGGACUGGUACGUGGCUGUCAGUGAGUUGAUGUGUGAGGGCAAAAAAGGGCAUGUGGAUUCAGAUGAUUUAGAUGAUGGAUAUGGUACUGUCACCCCUGGUACUGUGUUUAAAGAGGUGUGGCAGGUGAAUGUGAAACCUAAAGGACUGGGUCAAACUAAAAACCUCACAGGUGUUUACCGGCUUUGCCUCUCAACGAAAACGGUUCACCUGGUAAAGUUGAACUCUGAAACCCCCUGUGUUAACCUCCAGUUGAUGAAUAUCAGACGCUGUGGACAUUCAGAAAGUUUCUUUUUCAUUGAGGUGGGUCGCUCCUCCUCUAUCGGGCCCGGGGAGAUAUGGAUGCAGGUGGAUGAUUCUGUCGUGGCCCAAAACAUGCAUGAAACCAUCUUGGAGACAAUGAAAGCCCUGAAAGCUUUUGCAGAGUUUCGGCCCAGGAGUAAGAGCCAAUCAUCCGGCUCCAACCCGAUGCCCUUCAUCACAACGCGGCGCCAUCUUGGAAACCUGCCUCCGAGCCAGACGGGACUCCAGCGGCGGUCGAGAACAGAGUCAGUCGUCGGCACGCCACCGUCGAGUAAAAGCUCCGGGGCGAGUGGUUAUCGCUUCCGAACAUCCAGUGAGGGCGAGGGGACGAUGAACCGGCCGUUUCGCUCCGCCACAGGAAGUCUGGUUCACCUCAACUCUGCACGGGCCCAUCAUUGUCGUCAGGAAGGCGCCGGCAGCAGUGGUGUCGCUACAGGAAAUGCUGGUACGAGCACAGGAAGUGGACGCUACGUCAGAGCCAUCCAGGGGUCGUCGGCCGCUUACCAUGCCCGCUCCGCCUCACUCCCAGUCUCCCACUUCCCCUCCACCACCAGCCCAGUUAGCGUAUCCUCCAGUAGCGGCCAUGGCUCCGUUUCCGACACACUAACCCGCCCAUCGAGCGCCUCAAUAUGCGGCUCUCCAUCCGACGGAGGCUUCAACUCAUCGGAUGAAUACGGAUCCAGUCCCGGCGACUUUAGGUACUUCCGGGUGCGGAGCAACACGCCAGACUCCCUCGGAAACACGCCGCCAAUCAGAGAAGAGAACUGUCUAAACGACUACAUGGCGAUGGGCUGGAACCGGGAAGUGUUCGGCACCAGCUCUGGAAACAACAGCGGAGGAGACACGCCACGAGACGAAAGCACGUCGACGACGGAAGAGGACCGCUUUUCUUCAUCGUCGCUGAGGAGGAGGACGCAUUCGUUCUCCAGAGCGGCUGCUGCUGCUGCUGGCGGUAGUGGAGUGACUGGUGGAUCUGGAGUAGCAGUUUACCAGAAAAUGACCCAGACCAACUUCUCAUUGGAAGAAGGGUCGGAUAUCGUGUUACCGUUUGGCAGUGGGUUGCUUCGUGGCGGGCCUUCUUCCUCUUCUUCAUCGCUACGAUCCGACUACAGCUCCUGCUCCGAGCACAGCCAGCCGAGCCGACCCUCCACUCUCUCCCGUACUGAAACCAGCUCUAAUCGCCCUCCUCCAUCUUCCUCUUCCUCUGCUAAAGAAGACAGCGGCUACAUGCCUAUGAUGUGUGGCGUGGCUUCAUCGUCGCAGGACACUCCGCCUGACUACAUGCCUAUGCAACCCGGCUCUUACCCCCACCCCGUCUCUAAUUCCCCGCAGUUUCACAGUCCAACUUUAGGUCACCGUUCAGCCCACCAGCUCCAGCCCCAAGACUCCCACGGCUACAUGAUGAUGCUCCCAGGGGGCGGAGGCUCUCCUUCCCCAGGACAUCCGGCCUCCCCCAGCCCUCACAGUAGCUCCAGCAUGCCCGAUGGGAGUGACAACAUAGCAGAGAGACCAGAAAAUGGAGAAUAUAUGGACAUGUCGUACUGCAGCGGUGGGUUACGAAAGCCCCCAAAUGAAGGGAACGGUGGGUAUUAUACACCUGGUACACCUGAGGGCACCCCAAAGUCUUACAGCCCUUAUUUCUCCCUCCCUCGCUCCUACAAAGCCCCCACCAGAGAGAGAGAUGAGAAGGAAUAUGGGGAGUAUGUUCCCAUGAGUUCUCCUGCCAAGCCAGUUUUUUCAUCCAUUGCCACAGCUUCCAUGUCAACACCAGAGAAAAGGGGUGGGGGAGGCAGUAGCGGCAAUUUAACCCCUUCACACCCACCCCCGCCUUACGGUGCUCAUCACACAACCGCAGCGAUGGCCGACAGACGCGCCGAGAGGCCGAACCGCCUUCCUUUGGGCCGAAGAAGUUUCCACGGUCCACUGCGGGUUAGUGAGCCCCCCACGGCGUCUUCAGGCACCUCAACAUCUGUCCCCGCCACCGUCAGCUCCUCCGAAAGACCCUCAAGUCCCGGAGAGUAUAUAAACAUCGAGUUUGGUGAUCAUUAUCCUCACCAACAACAGCCCCCCGAUUAUCCCCACACUGUCCAAGACGAAGCGCCUUCUUCAAGUGACCGCCGCUCCUCCCCUCACCAGGAUUAUAUGAGUGUGGAGGUGGGGGCAGAUCAGCAGGACGCCUCUGGAUGUAAAAAACAAUCACCCAGACCCAGUCUAGUCGCCCCCUGGAACCCACCGAGCUACAUCCGACCCCUGGCUACCAACCCUGGGGCCUCUCCUGGAGCCGGAGAUCACUGGAGGUCGAUGAACGACGACUACACGGACAUGACGUUCAGCAGAGGUGAGAGGACUCAAACCAGUCCGACAGCCAUGCUGCAGCAUCUCUGUGUGAUAGAGGGACGUUACGGCCACCCUCCCCCCGCCUCUUCCUCACCCCCUCUCCUUCCUCUCACCCCUUCGAGCCCAGGAAGGGUGCAGACACAACAGCUGGAGCCCAAGGUGGUUCGAGCCGACCCGCAAGGCCGACGGAGACACAGUUCAGAGACUUUCUCCUCCACAUCUUCCUCUAAUUCAACUCCGUCUGGACUUGUACCCUCAGCAAACCCCCCAACACUGGCCAACCCCACAGCCCCUUACCUAGCGGAGGGUCAGGCUUCCAGGUGGACCAGCUCGGCGUCUUUUGACAGCAUGUGGGUGUCCAUGGAGGGUCUCGGCAGGGAGUCACCGGUUCACCAUGCUCCUGUAAGAUCCAUGGAAAUGGGUGCAGCAUCGUCAUCCUCUGGAGGCGGCAGGAUGUGCAGGAACAUGUCUGUGGGAUACCAGAACGGCCUGAACUACAUCGCCUUGGAGCUGCGGGAGGAUGGGAGUAACGCGGGAGUAACGUCUGGAGCCGGGAGCAGCAACGGGGGUUUGGCGUCGACGCCGGGGACGGUGCCCACGCCGGAGAACGGAGCCUACGCCAGCAUAGACUUCACCAAAUCAGACGGGGUCACGACGACAACGAAGG